AUGACCAAGAAGCAAGACGAGGAACAUGUAGCAUUUGAGCAAAUCAGCCCCGAGGAGGAAGCAGCUCUCGCUCGAAAGCUCGAUCGAGUAUUGAUGCCCCUCAUGGCGUUUGUCUAUUUCUUCCAGUAUCUCGACAAGCAAUCCAUCAACUACGGCUCAGUUUUUGGCCUCCGCAAAGACCUCCACCUAACAGGCCAAGACUUCUCCUGGAUCAUAUCCCUCUUCUACUUCGGCCAGCUAUGCUCCGAGUACCCCGCCGCCUACCUCAUGGGCCGCCUCCCCAUAACUCUCUUCGUCGGAAUCACAAUCAUCGCCUGGGGCGCCGUCGGAAUGACCCUCGGCGCAACGCACGAUUUCGCAGGCCUCGCGGCAGCUCGCUUCUUCCUCGGCUUCGCAGAGGGCGCCGUGUCCCCGGCCUUCAUCAUCAUCACGUCAAACUGGUACCGCCGCCGCGAGCACCCGAUCCGCGUCGCGACGUGGGUGUCCAUGUCGGGCGUCUCGCAGGUGCUCGGCGCGCUGAUGAUGUACGGGAUCGGCGGCGCGUCGGCGAUGGUGCUCGAGAAGUGGAGAGUUAUGUUUCUUACCAGCGGCGGGCUGACGGCGGCGUGUGGUGUUGCGUUUUGUGUGCUUAUGCCCAGGGAUACUACUACAGCGUGGUUCUUGAACAAGAGGGAGAGAGAGAUUGCGACGAGGAGGCUGGCUCUUGAUCGUGGGACUAGGGAUCGCGCGCAGCCAGUGACGUGGCUGUAUUUCACGAUGGCGCUUUGCAUCACACUGACGACUCCUAUUCUCAAGUUCUCUUCCCUCGUCAUCAACGGCUUCGGCUACUCCCCCUUCACGACAAUGCUCGUCGGCCUCCCCGGCGGCGCAAUCAGCUUCAUAAUGAUCUGGGCUAGCGCCCUCAUCCCGCGAUUCCUUCCCGGCACGCGAAUCUACACCUCCAUCGGCCUCUCCCUCGUCCCGCUCCUCGGCUCCGCCAUGCUCCUCGCACUACCUCUACACGGCGCGGAGUGUGCGCUUCUCAGCUCUACGGCAUCAAUGAUGGCUUCUAACGUCAAAGGGAACACCAAGAAGAGCGUUGUUAGCGCGGGGUUCUUUAUCGUGUACUGUGUUGGGUGUAUUGUCUCCCCGCAGGCUUGGACGGAGAGGGACGCGCCUAGGUAUACCAAGGGAUGUAUCUUGUUAAUUGCGAGCUGGGUGGGGUUGAUUGUCACGUAUGCGGUGUAUGGAGUCGUUUUGAGGAGGGGAAAUGCGAGGACGGAUAGGCUUGCUGCGGAGGGGAGGUAUGAGUAUGAUGUUGGCGGGCAUGAUGGGGGAGAGCAGGCGGUGCAGAUGGGUGUUGCGGUUGAUUCUGACUAG